AAGACUAGCGAUUGUAUGGUCGCCAUAUUGUCAUGUCAAUUUUGUGACGGUGGUGGGUUCAUUGUGCGUUAUUAUAUCAGAAUAUUGUUUUAUAUCUGUAAUAUUUAUCCUUGCGGCUUACGACAGGCAAGGCGCAGGGUGCAUUGUUGCAUCCGCUGAACCAUGAGUUAUCAGAUACCAUCGUCCCAGAGUCGCACGAUGUCUCACAGCAACUAUGCCGGGUCUGACGUGCCAAUGGCUCCAAGCAAGGAACAGCAGACCCUCAUGUGGCAGCAGAAUUCCUACCUGGUUGACUCUGGUAUCAACUCAGGGGCUGCUACUCAGGUCCCAUCACUCACGGGCAAGGAAGAUGAUGAGAUGGAAGGAGACCAGCUCAUGUUCGACCUGGAUCAGGGGUUCGCUCAGGGGUUUACUCAGGAGCAGGUUGAUGACAUGAACCAGCAGCUGUCUCAGACGCGCUCCCAGCGUGUCCGCGCUGCCAUGUUCCCUGAGACUCUGGAGGAGGGCAUCGAGAUCCCCUCCACUCAACUGGACCCCGCCCAGCCAACGGCGGUACAGCGCCUUGCUGAGCCGUCGCAGAUGCUCAAGCAUGCGGUGGUCAACCUCAUCAAUUAUCAAGACGAUGCUGACUUAGCUACCAGGGCUAUACCAGAGUUGAUCAAGCUACUCAACGAUGAGGAUCAAGUGGUUGUAUCGCAAGCUGCCAUGAUGGUGCACCAGCUCUCCAAGAAGGAAGCUUCUCGCCAUGCUAUUAUGAACUCGCCGCAAAUGGUUGCCGCUCUAGUGCGUGCCAUCUCUAACAGCAAUGACCUGGAGACUACUAAGGGGGCAGUGGGCACCCUGCACAACUUGUCUCACCACCGUCAAGGUUUACUCGCCAUCUUCAAGAGUGGUGGCAUUCCCGCCUUGGUGAAGCUUCUAAGCUCACCAGUCGAGUCUGUUCUGUUUUACGCCAUCACCACCCUCCAUAACCUACUCCUCCACCAGGACGGUUCCAAGAUGGCCGUCCGCCUAGCUGGAGGUCUCCAGAAAAUGGUUGCUCUCCUGCAGAGGAACAAUGUGAAGUUCUUGGCGAUUGUGACUGAUUGUCUGCAAAUCUUGGCCUAUGGAAACCAAGAGUCGAAAUUGAUCAUUCUCGCUUCUCAGGGACCUAUCGAAUUGGUCCGUAUCAUGCGCUCGUACGACUACGAAAAGUUGUUGUGGACCACAUCUCGUGUUCUGAAGGUACUUUCAGUGUGCUCUAGCAACAAGCCUGCUAUCGUCGAAGCUGGUGGUAUGCAAGCCCUGGCCAUGCAUCUCGGCAACCCUAGCGGUCGCCUGGUGCAGAACUGCCUCUGGACUUUGAGGAAUCUCUCCGAUGCAGCAACUAAGGAGGUGGAGGGCCUGGAAGCUUUGCUGCAAAGUCUGGUGCAAGUUCUCGCGUCUACCGACGUCAACAUCGUCACCUGUGCUGCCGGUAUCCUCUCCAACUUGACCUGCAACAACCAACGCAACAAGGUGACUGUCUGCCAAGCCGGCGGCGUGGAUGCCCUGGUCCGCACCGUGGUGUCGGCGGGCGACCGCGAGGAGAUCACUGAGCCAGCUGUGUGCGCGCUCCGUCACCUUACUUCGCGUCAUGUCGAGAGCGAGAUGGCUCAGAACGCUGUGCGCUUGCACUACGGUUUGCCGGUGAUAGUGAAGCUGCUGCAGCCGCCGUCCCGCUGGCCGCUGGUGAAGGCGGUGGUGGGGCUGGUGCGCAACCUGGCGCUGUGCCCCGCCAACUACGCGCCGCUCCGCGAGCACGGCGCCGUGCACCACCUCGUGCGGCUACUCAUGCGCGCCUUCAACGAUACUCAGAGGCAGCGCAGUUCCUCUGGCGGCGGUGCAGCGGGCGGCGCGUAUGCGGACGGAGUGCGUAUGGAAGAGAUCGUGGAGGGAGCCGUCGGAGCUCUGCACAUACUGGCGCGGGAGAGCGUCAACCGUCAACUCAUACGCCAACAGAACGUUAUCCCGAUAUUUGUGCAGCUACUCUUCAAUGAAAUUGAAAACAUACAGCGCGUGGCAGCGGGCGUGCUCUGUGAGCUGGCCGUCGAGAAGGAAGGAGCCGAAAUGAUAGAAGCUGAAGGGGCAACUGCUCCGCUUACCGAACUACUUCACUCACGGAACGAAGGCGUGGCUACUUAUGCAGCUGCGGUAUUAUUCCGCAUGUCCGAAGAUAAGCCUCAUGACUAUAAGAAGAGACUCUCGAUGGAGCUGACCAACUCUUUGUUCCGUGAUGACCAUCAGAUGUGGCCCAACGACCUGGCCAUGCAACCUGAUCUCCAGGAUAUGCUUGGGCCAGAACAAGGCUAUGAGGGGCUGUAUGGCACUCGACCGUCGUUUCACCAGCAAGGCUACGAUCAAAUACCGAUAGACUCAAUGCAGGGAUUAGAAAUCGGCAGUGGAUUCGGCAUGGACAUGGAUAUAGGUGAGAGCGAAGGUGCGGGCGCCGCGUCAGCUGAUCUCGCGUUCCCAGAACCACCGCACGACAACAACAAUGUCGCCGCCUGGUACGACACAGACCUUUAGGUUUAAACCUCCUAUAUGUAGUACAUUCACCCUAUUAAAGAGUUCAGUUCAAUUUAAUUUAAGAUUAUGACGUAUGUAGUGUGUUUUGUUAGUGUUGUGUCAGUUCAAACUACUUACUCUGAAAUUAUGAUAUAAUUAUUAAAUUAGUACAAUAGGUAUCAACUUUUUAAUAAUGUAUUUGAUAUACGUAAACGAGUCUUCAUGUAAUAAGCGUUCAUGGAUUAUACUAAUGUAUAAUUUAGCAGUGUGUGAGUCGUAUAGUUUCCAAGUUGCACUAAGCUAGUUUUAGUCUAGUUUGGAGACGGUAAACGACAUUAAUUCGUCUUUAUUUCCAUGUAAUAAUGUUCAAAUUUGAUCGAUUGACGCAACAACAGAGUUAUUAAAAUCUGUGAUGAAAGGCAUCUAUAAAGUGCAUUACAAUUUACAAAGCUUGAUAUGUUAUGUUACCUAGCAGACGAUGACUACAGAAACUCGAGUUUAUUUCAUUGGUGCUAAAUAACAACUGAAUGUUGUAAGCAAAAUUUAUCGCGAAAAAUGUUUUAUUUUAUUUUUAUAUAUUUGAAAUUGAAAGAACUUCAGUGUUAUGUGAAAUUAUUACGAAAAUAAAUGACCCUGCAUUGGUUAUAUCGCCGUUUUAUACGAGUACGUAUAAAAUGCGUCGGACAAUAGGGUACAUAACCGUAAGAUUUAAGAUUUUUUAUAGGCUUUAAAAUCGUAUUUCUUAGUACUUUUAAUUGAAUUAGUAAUGCGCAUUUAAAGUAUUGGAUUUUAUUUAAGUAUGGUCGAGUUAUGUAAUUCUUUUUUAUUUGACUAUUUUGUUACAAUUUUGUAUGAAUCAUUAUUUAAAUGAUGUAUAAGACUGUUUGAUCGAGUGAGUCAUGUAUUUGAAUUUUAAUUUUAAUGUUUGACUGCCAUUUUUUUAUUCUGCCCUUCUUAACAAGGCCAAAUUUAGGACUGUAGAACGAAGGUAGCCAUGUGUACGAUGUUUUUUUAAUGAUAGACUAAGUUUUAGUACGUUGACGAGAAUGUGAUAUUCUCUGAUGUAGUUUAAGUAGUGAGAUAACGCAUAACAAGUUUAUGUAUUCAAUUCACGUGGACUAAUAGCGGACAUUUUUCGAAUGUAUGGAUGCAUGUGUUUAUUAUUUUCGUUUACUUCGAGUGGUAGGUACUUAAGAUGAAGUACGGUUUUAAUAUUUUUUACCAAUAAUAUCGGCUAUUUGCACACCCUAUGAUAUACGAAACUAGACGCACUAAACAGUUAGAACAAUGUAUCUUAGAAUAAUAUAAUCGUUUAAUGUAAGAUUUAUAAUAAUUUACUUGAUUGUCCACUUAGGAUCCUCGUAUAUUUUUUUUCUAUUUGAUAUUUUAAUCGACUUUACCAAUGUUUUUAUAAAUCGAUUCGACUAUGGAGACAUUCGUAAAGUGUCACAAUUUGUGUCCAUUUCUGUAUGGAUAAUAAACUAAAUUUAAUUACAAUA